CUGCUCUGCAUCUUCCUUUCAAACCAAAAUACUUAGGCGCUGCAUCUGCCCGGCUUAAGUCCAUAGUCUUAUGUUUGAUAUUUGUAAGUGAUGUAGAAUGGCGUCAGUCUUUGGGAAGAUAGUCGUCGGUACUUAUGUGGAGAUUAAGCGGAGUGAUGGGCGUAUCCAUCAGGCUAUGGUCACAUCUAUGAAUGAGGACAAUGAGAGUGUCACAGUGGAAUGGAUAGAGAACGGGGACACAAAAGGGAAAGAGAUCGAUUUGGAGAGUAUUUUUUCACUUAAUCCGGAUGUAGCACCAGAUGAGGAGAUAGCCCCCAGCCCAGAGACUCCGCCCCCUCCAACACCCUCAUUAGUGAAAGUCAGCAAAAUUGCAAAGAACCGACGCACAAUAGCACCUCCUAAAAAUGAUGCUCCAUCCAAGGAUAACAGAGCAAUUCCAACCCGGGCCAGAGCUCCCCAGCAACCAGAACCUGCUCCACCUCCUCCAGUCCAACAGCCUACUCAGCCUCAGACACAACAGCAACAGCAGAACGAAUCCUCACUUCAGCUGAUGUCCAGAAAGGAGUUUGGACAGCUUUCGAGAAGGAAGUCGAACUGUGUGAAGGAAGUAGAGAAACUGCAGGAGAAAAGAGAAAGACGUCGACUCCAACAGCAGGAGCUCAGAGAGAAAAGAGCUCAGGAGGUGGACACCACUAUCCCUAACUAUGAGAUCUUGUACAUGAUUCGAGAUUUCCGGGCGAGUCUGGAUUACCGGCCUCUUACCACUGCUGACGUGAUUGAAGAGCACAGAAUAUGUGUUUGUGUGAGGAAGCGUCCUCUCAACAAAAAAGAACUGACAAUUAAAGAUCUAGAUGUGAUCACCAUCCCCAGUAAAGAUGUAGUGAUGGUGCAUGAACCCAAACAGAAAGUAGACCUCACCCGCUACUUGGAGAACCAGACGUUCCGCUUCGACUAUGCCUUCGAUGACAGCACGAGCAAUGAGAUGGUUUACAGGUUUACUGCCAGACCUUUAGUGGAGACCAUUUUUGAGAGGGGGAUGGCCACCUGCUUUGCUUAUGGUCAGACCGGCAGCGGUAAAACACACACUAUGGGAGGAGACUUCUCUGGGAAAAACCAAGACUGCUCUAAAGGAAUUUAUGCAUUAGCUGCCCGGGACGUGUUCCUGAUGCUGAAGAAACCCAACUAUAAGAAAUUAGAUCUCCAAGUUUAUGCAACCUUUUUUGAAAUCUACAGUGGGAAAGUGUUUGAUCUGCUGAAUCGCAAAGCUAAGCUGAGGGUUCUGGAGGACGGGAAGCAGCAGGUGCAGGUGGUGGGCCUGCAAGAGAAGGAAGUCAAAUGCACCGAAGAUGUCCUUAAACUGAUCGAAGUUGGAAACAGCUGCAGGACAUCUGGGCAGACAUCAGCCAAUGCACACUCAUCCCGGAGCCACGCUGUGUUCCAGAUCAUCCUACGGAGGAAGGGGAAGAUGCAUGGGAAGUUCUCCCUUAUCGACCUGGCAGGGAACGAAAGAGGCGCAGACACUUCAAGUGCCGACCGGCAGACGCGCAUGGAAGGAGCCGAGAUAAACAAAAGCCUGCUGGCUCUGAAGGAAUGUAUCCGAGCUCUUGGUCGUAACAAACCCCACACUCCUUUUAGAGCCAGCAAGCUCACACAGGUCCUGAGGGACUCCUUCAUUGGGGAGAACUCUCGCACAUGCAUGAUUGCAACAAUCUCUCCUGGAAUGACCUCCUGUGAAAACACGCUCAACACCCUGCGCUAUGCAAACAGAGUGAAGGAGUUUGGAAUUAGUCCGUCAGACAUCCCCUUCUCUCAGGGCGGUCAGGGGAAUCGCCCUGAGCACUCGCCAACAAAUACCUUUGAGUUCGAUGACUUUGUUGCGACCUCUCCCAGCAGGGUGAAGGAGCUCACAGUGGACCCCAAUCAAGUGAUGGAGGGAGGAAGAGCCAACAUCCACGCCGUCAACCAGCUGGAUAUUUUAGAUGAGAAAUGGCUGAGUAUCUCCCCACAGAGGGACGACCUCAAACUGCUCUGUGAGCAGAAUGAAGAGGAAGUUUCUCCACAGCUCUUCACUUUCCAUGAGGCUGUUUCUCAGUUAGUGGAAAUGGAGGAGCAGGUUCUGGAGGACCACAGAGCUGUCUUCCAGGAAUCCAUAAAGUGGCUGGAGGAUGAGAAGGUGCUGCUGGAAAUGACCGAAGAGGUGGACUAUGACGUGGAGUCUUAUGCCACUCAGCUAGAGCAGAUUCUUGACCAGAAAAUAGAGAUCCUCAUUGAACUCAGAGAUAAGGUGAAGUCAUUCCGCUCCGCCCUCCAGGAAGAGGAACAGGCCAGUAAGCAGAUCAACCCCAAGAGGCCGCGUGCUCUUUAGAGACUGAGGUUUAGUUGGCGCAGUGAAGAGCAGAAACACUAGAUGUUCGUCACAACUCCGUCUGUCCCCAGCAGCAGUGAAAAUAACAUAACGACUGUCUAACACGGCAACAAGCUCUAGAAAUGGUAUUUGUUCCUGUUUCCCUAACAGAAUUGACUCUGCUCUAACUCUGACAAUGUUCCAUAUUUUAGGUGUUUUUUUCCAUGAGGAAUUUUUAGUUUCGUUCUGUGUACUUAAAUUAUUUUUGUUUUAUACUUUUAGCGAAGUUCUUUUGGCUGGAUUUAUGUAGGGAUUCUAAUUGAGCUCAUUUCAAAGAUUAACACAAAACCAGUGUUUUGUCUGCAUGUUUAUCUAUACCUCUGCCUCAGAGUCCUCUGUUCACAUCGUGACAUCCCAUUUCUUUCUUUCUUACUUCGCUCUGAGUUGUCUGUCGGGGAGAAGCAUUGGAGCUAAUCGUUUUCUUUAUUUUCUGGUGUUCCUCCUCAGAGGUUAUUUAAACGGUAGCUCGCUUUGGUCUGUGCCACAUUCUAAACAAGUGGCAACGGCUGACUCCGUUUUCCACCCGUGUUUACAAAAAAGGAACGAAGAACUGUUAAUAGAUGUAUAGUGAAAACCACUGACCUGCCACUGGUUCAUGUUUGAGUUUCCACUGGAUGUUAUGCAGCAGGAGAUGUAAAAAAAAAAAAUUUAAUAAAAACUCCUGUUUCAUUGGAAUGAUUUGUGAAAUGUUCUCAAAAUAACCUGAGCAAUUCCAUCUUAUCAACACAGACCUUGUGAAUCUGGUCUGUACCGCACAACUUAUCCUGGUCUUGGUACAUUUUAUUAUAGUUUUGCCAAAGCUGCAUGAGAAAAUGAAACAUUUUAUGGCAAAUUAUAAUAAAAAGUUUUUUUGCAUCUAAACA